CGGUUGCCAUGGCAUCGGCCGGUCGCAGGCCCUGGGAAGAUGGCGGUGACGAGCUGGGUGGAGAGUCUGCGGGCUGCCGGGAAGACGGCGCUGCUGCAGGACGGGAGAAGGAAAGUGCACUAUUUGUUCCCAGAUGGGAAGGAAAUGGCUGAAGAAUAUGAUGAAAAGACAAGUGAACUACUUGUGAGAAAGUGGCGUGUGAAAAGUACCCUGGGAGCCUUGGGCCAGUGGCAGAUUGAGGUGGGUGAUCCGGUGCCUCCGGGAACAGGGAGCCUGGGGCCAGAACUCAUCAAGGAAAGCAAUGCCAGUCCCAUCUUCAUGCGCAAGGACACCAAGCUGAGUUUCCAGUGGCGGAUUCGAAACCUCCCCUACCCUAAGGAUGUUUACAGUGUCUGUGUGGACCAGAAGGAGCGCUGCCUGGUUGUCAGAACCACCAACAAAAAAUACUACAAGAGGUUCUCCGUUCCUGACUUAGACAGAUACCAGCUGCCUCUGGAAGAUUCCUCCCUGAGCUUUGCUCAUGCCAACUGCACCCUGAUCAUCUCUUACCAGAAGCCAAAAGAGAUCCUGGCAGCUGAGUCGGAGCUACAGAAAGAGCUGAAGAAGGUAAAGACAGCCCACAACAGUGACGGAGACUGUAAGACCCAGUAGCUGGCCGCUGACUGUGUAAGAUGUGUUUGUCAGGCUGAAAGUCUGAGGUUUGGGCCUGCCCGGUAGGAGCUAUCCAUCUCCCUGGGGCACCCAUUGUCCCAUGCCAGUCUUGCUUCCGGAGUAAAGUCAUUCUGAAUUACUGCUA